UCCAGUAUAUAGUAUUUAUCUUUGCUAUAGGCGAAUAUGAAUAUGUCUCUGUGUAGUCCCAUAAGUUUUAAUAUGGUCCUUUUGCAACCAAUAUUGCUUCUAGGCGUUCAAUACUAUCAUCUUCCUGUUGCAACCAACCUUACAAAUGACUCCGUUUGAUUUAGACAAGCGAUGGUUAGACAUAUAGUUUCUCAUGAUAUCAACUUUACUUGACAUUUGUAGAUCAUUAGACCGAACGAAAAUGUUCAUAUGGUUGUUCAAGGAGAUCAUGACCUUUUAUUGAGAGUCUGAAUUUCUUCACAUCUCUCCCCCUAAGUUUAGACAGUGAAAACUUGAACCUUGGGAAGGGACCAAAUGAAAAUUCAAAGCAUUUAUUUUUCUUAUUUAAUGAUUUUACGGUACAACAGGGGUUUCCAAGAAAAAAGAAAUAAUGAAGGGUUGCAUGCAUCAUCAUACCUAUCUCCCCAUCCAUAUUCAGAAUCUCUGUAAUCGAAGCGUCAAACAAGAAACCAAUGAGAACAGUAUAUUUAGUUCAGGAAUGGAUGAGUGGAUCCUUAGAAACUUCAGAAAUUCCUAACAGAAACCCAAGUAUCAAACCAUGUCUACUCAAAACCAAACUGAAAUCCUCGUGCGUUUUAAGCUUGUGAUAGACAAAAAGAGGAAGAAAAUCCUAUAUGCUGAAGCCGACAAGAACUUCUUCGGCGUCAUCUUCGCCAUACUUCGACUUCCUGUUGAAGAUGUCGUCAAGCUGCUCUCCACCGGCCAAGACAGCCCCAUGGUUGGUUCACUUGGAAGUCUCUACCGCAGCUUGGAGGCCUUGAACAUUACAUAUUAUAACCAAACGCAGUUAAAUGCCGACCUCCCAACGCCCAUUACUCAAUCCCAGAUCCUAAGACUCUUGCAAAACUAUCCUUCUUCAGGACCAAAGACCUAUUAUACAUGUUCUAAUACUACUCACUGUUGUUAUAGUUUUAGUGCUACAUAUAAUAUUCAAUGUCCCAAAUGCCACUGUAAGAUGGCUAGCCCUGCAUCAUAUGUGUACGAACCUAAUGAGGCACGACCCAUUGUGGGAGAUUUUUUGAAAGGGGGGACUGUUACGUACAUUGUGAUGGAUGAUCUUACUGUUAAACCAUUGCCCUCUUCCACUAUCUCCUUGUCAAGGAAUGCAACAUUCUCUGCUUAAUUUAUAAAUUUA